CUCACGCGUGUGCUGUGCUCUGAUCUCUGCGUGUUGUUUCUGUCCCAGUUGUUGGAUUUAAUCUCCAUUUCACGGAGUCGAGUCGAGUAAAUCUACACACACUGACGUACUAUGACCAACUUUUCCUACAUCUGCACCGUGUGGAUCAGCAUCUGUGUGUACCUCCUCUCUGCAGAACCUGAGAUCAGUGUAUCUGGCCCAGUGGGUUCUACAGCUGUCCUGCCGUGUCAACUGACGAGUGUAGACACUGACAGACUGUAUAUUAGAUGGAACACUGAAUCUGAGAUUGUGUUUGAGCGACUGGGUGAGCGGUCGUAUCAGGGUGAGGGAUAUGAGGGUCGUGUGGACGUUCCUGUGGAGGAGCUGCGUAAGGGGAACUGUUCACUGGUGUUACACAAUCUGACAUUUACUGAUACAGGAGUCUACACCAGCUACCAGACAGUGAGACACACCAAGAGAUCUGUCCGUGUUAGGAGAGGAACAGUCCUGAUCAACAGUGUUAAUCUCUCAGUCUAUGGGGUAGCUCAGUGGUUAAGGCAUCGGACUAUGGUUCGGAAGAUCCCAGGUUCAAACCCCACAACCACCAAGUUGCCACUGUUGGGUCCUUGAGCAAGGCCCUUAACCCUCAGCUGCUCAGAUGUGUAAUGAGAUAAAAAUGUAAGUCGCUCUGGAUAAGAGCGUCUGCCAAAUGCCUAAAUGUAAAUGCAGUAAUGUGUGUUUUCUUUCCCUUUAGUUCCCCCUCUUAAAGAAACAGACGUUGGUAUUU